UGAAACUGUUGCGGGGUUUCCCUGUAAAGCCGCCCUGUAUGUUUAGAUAAAUGAGAACUUCAUUGGGCUUUCCCAAAGUUGAAAUCUUUGUCCUUAAUACAUCUCUUUGAAUAUUGUCGACUGGAGUGUAUGAGGCAAGCAUUAACUCUCAGCAAGGGUCCUGGGUUUUAGGUUAAGCUUGACGAGGAUGAAACAUAAUUAACUGCAACUUGUUUCAGGAUGUUUAACUGGGUUGUGAAGGUCGUACCUCAUCCUCCUGAUACACAGAACGAUCUGAGGGACGAGGCGAUCACAGCGAAUGGGAAAACAUCAAAUCCAGAUAAGUUCAAUUCAUGCAAAACAGGCAGGGAGGAAGACCAAUCGUCUCAAACCUCACAGGGCAGUGUUCAGAAUGGUAUGUUGAGCUGGCUUUCCAAUGGGUUUGCGAGUGCGCUGCCCCAACCUGCAGGGAGUCCUCUUCUUGCGAGAGCCAACGCUGAUGCUAAAUCACUGCAGGAGGAAGGUUCUGCUGACAGGGCUAGAGUUAUUGGCUGGAUCUCGCAGGGAAUUGGAAAGGUGGUCCCGCAGCCUGAUGAGAAAUACAUGGAGGAAGAGACAUGUGAAGUUACAGAGGUUUAUGAUAUCAAGGACCUCCCAGAUUCAGAGCCUUUGCCACAUAUACCAGUAGUAGAGCUGGUGUCAGAAGACGAGGCGUCUGAGGUGGAAAUCCCGGCUCAGUUCCCUCCCAAUGUAAUGAGCUGGAUAAAGAACGGCUUCCAGAAUGCUAUACCGCACCAUGUGACCAGACCCCCAAAUUCCAAUUCCUCAACACCGAGGUCAUCACAAUGCUCAAACAAAGUAUAUUCACCUCCUCCAGAGUCAGUAACCAGCAUGACGGAGAUCGAUUUAAAAACUCCCAGUAUGGUGGGCAGGAUUGUUCAGGGCCUGGGUCUUUCAAUGCCACAGCCAGUGCUUAAAAACAAAGAAAUAUGUUUGCAGGAGGACGGGAGGAUUGCGCAAAAUGGCAGUGCUCGAUCAGAUCUCAUUCUUGAGGAGGUUGACUCUGAAGAUGAGGCUCAAGCAAAGGAAACAUGUCCAGCAGCGAACUCCCCUCCGUAUUCACAACAUCAGUCCCAACCUCAGACACCUUGGUCCCCGGAACAUUCUCUUCCACUGAGCAUCACCACACCCACACAAGCACACAUAGAGCUGGAGGAUGCAGAGACCCAAACUGCACGAUGGACGCCCAUGAUCGACAGCAUCAGGAGAGAGGCGGAGGACACUGCCAUAUUAAUCAUGGAGGAACGGUUGAUACAGGAGCGUCUAGCAAUGGCCCGCAUGGCAGAAGAAGUGGCCCGGCAGACAGCAGAGAUGGCCGUCAGGGAGUUCACACAGGCCCGGCUCGGCAUUCAGACCAUUGUGGAAGAGCCAGAAGAUGUUGAUCAAGAACUACAAGUGCUGCAGGAAGAGGACAGUGAUAUAGAAGUCAUACGGAAUCAAAUUACAGAGUGUCGAGCACCUUCAGUUAAGGAGUUCGUUCCAGAAGGACAGGAGGCAGAAGCUGAAGACACUGCAUUCACAGUUAAAACCCCUGUGGAGGAGUUCAAGUCCUCUUCACCUCUACAGGAGGAACCAGAGCCUGAAUCUGAACCUGAGCCUGAGGAGCUUCAUGAGGAGGAGGAAGAGCCCAGAGACUCCAGUGAAGCUGAAGAAGAACCUGACCCCAUCACUCAGCAACCUCAGUCCAUUACCAGCACCUCCGUUUCACGAACUGAUUCACCGGUGGAGAGUGCAGCUACUGAAGAGGAAAGUAGUGUCCCUUCCAGAUGUGAUGCGCUGAAGAGCUGUUUCAUGCGUGUACCAUAUGCACAACAGGCCCUUGACAACUUCAACCAGUUCCUGAAAGACAUUGACGUCACUCUGCCUAAAGUGCCUUCUGUGCCCAAUCUGCCCCCUGCUCUAUCUCAGAUCACCCAACAGCUGCCGUCGCUCCCUCCUCAACUGGCACAGCUGCCAGAACAAAUCUCUCAGCUACCCCAACGGAUUUCCCAGCGAUUCUCCAAAAUCACCCCACAAUUCCCAAACCAGACGCUUUUUAGCGCUCCUCAGUUUCCCAAGUUCCCUGUGCAGUUAUCAAGCUUCCCACAACAGCUUUCCAACAUUCCGCAACAAAUAUCCAACCUCCCGCAAAAGUUGUCCAACUUUCCACAAAGGCUGACCAGCAUUCCGCGGUUUUCCAUCAUUCCGCAACAGGUCUCCAACAUUCCACAACAACUCUCCAGCAUUCCACAAAAAAUAUCCAGCAUUCCACAAAAGAUAAGCAGCAUUCCACAGUGUGCCCAGCGGUGCUACACUAACAUUCAGAGCCGUCUCAACAAACUUAAGCCGGAACAGGAGCCCAAGGAGCAGCCGCAGAAGAGUAGGGAUCUGGAAUUGGACCGCCUUGUCCGCCAGUCCCCGCUCCAUUCCCCCCGUACCCCUUCGCCCUCUUCCCCAUGCUCCGUCCUAGACCUGCCCAAUGUGCCCUCUUACCCCCGUCUGCCACCCAUCACCCCUUCCAGGCAGUUGUCAGGCGUCUCCAACCCUGCCUUCCACAUUGAGGAUGACCCCACCUCUGCUAGACCCUCAGUGAGCUCCAGACUGAGUGUGCACCCAGCCGUGAACGUGGAAGAUGUUGAUUCUGACCGAGGAAGAUCUCGCCCCAUACCACCCAUAAUAAACCCACAGGAUCCCAACCUCAAGACCCUUACUGUGCCUGGUGUCCGUAAAGCCAAUCGGACCAGCAAGAGACUUUACUCACAAGAUGAUGAGGAAGAGGAGGAGUUAGAAACCUCAGUCCGGGCCUGGCCAAGCCAGAGUAGCAUCUCAAGCGCAGAUGACGGGCUUAAUCAACGGCCAGCCUCUUCUGCCAGCCAGACGAGUACCAUAGUAAACGAGAGGUUACAGGAGCUGGUCAAGCUGUUCAAAGAGAGAACAGAGCGGGUCAAAGAGAAACUGAUUGAUCCAGAUAAUUCAGAUGACGAGACACCACCUGCCUCCCCAGCUAAGCAAGCUCCAGCUCCUCCUCCUGAACCUCCAGCAGAGCAGAAAACAGAGCAGGAGGUGUCUGAGGCCCCUGCCGAGAAAGAAGAAGAGAAAACGAAGCUCCUGUGCUGUAAAGUGAAACCUCAGUCCAGGAUUGGUCGGCUUCUGCGGUACCGUUUUCCAACCAGCAUCGACCCCUUCACUAACCUGUUCUACGUACUUUGGCUGUUUUGCGUGUCUUUGGCGUUUAACUGGAGUGCGUGGAUGAUUCCUGUGCGUUGGGCGUUUCCUUAUCAAACACCGGAUAACAUCCAUGUGUGGCUGUUGAUUGACUACUUAUGUGAUGCCAUCUAUAUUCUGGACAUCCUGGUCUUUCAACCCCGAAUGCAGUUUGUGCAGCAUGGGGACAUUGUGAGUGGGGCGAAAGAAAUGAGAGAUAAUUACAUCAAAGCUGUACGAUUCAAGCUGGAUGUUGUCAGUCUACUUCCUCUAGAGCUUCUCUACUUCAAAACGGGGAUUAAUCCACUUCUCCGCUUACCCAGGAUCCUGAAGUUUAUGUCUUUCUUUGAGUUCAACAAGCGUCUGGAAGCUAUCCUGACCAACGCUUAUGUUUACAGAGUCAUUCGAACCACCACCUACCUGCUGUAUGCCGUCCACUGCAAUGCCUGUUUGUACUACUGGGGCUCCUCAUAUGAAGGUCUGGGUUUCUCAGAUUGGGCCUAUGAUGGGACGGGAAAUAGUUAUAUUCGCUGCUACUACUUUGCUGUUAAGACUCUGCUGACCAUUGGCGGCCUGCCAGGACCCACAACACUUUUUGAGAUUGUGUUUCAGCUCAUCAAUUACUUUAUUGGAGUGUUUGUGUUCUCCAUCAUGAUUGGUCAGAUGAGAGAUGUUGUGGGUGCAGCCACCGCGGCUCAGACAAACUAUCGUGCCUGUGUGGAUAACACAGUAAAGUACAUGGCCUCCUACCGCAUCCCUAAAGAUGUGCAGAACAGAGUGAAAACCUGGUACAGCUACACGUGGCAGUCCCAAGGCAUGCUGGAUGAACAAGAGCUUCUAGAUCAACUACCUGAUAAGAUGAGGCUGGAUAUAGCAGUGGAUGUCAGCUACAACAUUAUCAGUAAAGUGCCACUUUUUCAGGGCUGCGAUAGACAGAUGAUCUUUGACAUGUUGAAGAGGCUCAGAUCAGUGGUGUAUCUUCCAGGAGACUAUGUCUGCAAGAAGGAUGAAGUAGGCCGUGAGAUGUACAUCAUAAAGGCAGGGGAAGUCCAGGUAGUUGGUGGUCCCGAUGGAAAGACGGUGUUCGUUACCCUGAAAGCAGGAGCGGUGUUUGGAGAGGUCAGCUUGCUUGCUGUAGGCGGAGUAAACCGACGGACAGCUAACGUUGUAGCACGUGGUUUUGCUAACCUACUCAUCCUGACCAAAAAGGACCUGAAUGAGAUCAUGGUGCACUAUCCGGAAUCCCAGAAACUGCUCCGCAGGAAAGCAAAGAAAAUGUUGAUGAAGGAUAAAAAGCCAGCUCAGAAGAAAGAGGAAGAAAAGGAGCCCAUCCCAAUUAUUCCUCCUCGCGCAGAGACACCCAAACUGUUAAAAGCGGCGCUGGAGAUGACGGAAAAAUCAGGAAUGAAAGGAACAUGGUCUAAACUGAAGGACAAGACCAACAGAUCGAGUGUCUCCUUGCAGCGGUCCAUCUCUUCUUCUGUGGCGCCCAACUCACCAGUCCAUGAACCGCACUCGGAGCAAGACGCAGACACACUGUCUCAAAUAUCAGACAGCUCAAUUCAAAUCCCCACGACCCCCACCGGUACUGGAGAAGGGAAUGUAUUUGCUGAAGAGGGCCCAGCAGAGGAGGAAACAAAAUCACAGAAGUAAUCCAGCUUCAAAUAAAGCAGCAAUGAAAUAACCCAGACAGCUGAGAGACCAUCAAAAUAAUUGGCAGGAUACCAUUGUGCUCAGUGUUUCGCACGGGUCGUGAGGUCAGUGAACAUCAGGAAUGCAAAACUGUCUUCUCAUCUAAAACUCCUGCACAGGAAGUUUUCUUUCAGAAUAUAUAUAAUGAAUAUAAUAAUAAGCAGAAAGUAACUUCUUAUAUAUCUCUACCUGGGUUGUCUGGAUGCUUUUGUCGGAUGUCAUUUCUAAGAUACUGUAGAGAACGGUCGACUAAUACAAUUGUUUUCAUCUUGAUAAAUUACAAACAUCAGUUACAUCGCUAAUGAAGGGUCAUUGUUUUAAUAAAACAGAGCGGAAAUCAUCCGGUUUAGCUCUGUUUGCUCCUGCUAUACAAGACUUAAGUGCCUUAAUAAACCCUGAUCACUGUCAAGCACUGUACAUUCCUUUUAAAACUCAGUAUAAACAGCAGUGCUUAUAGCUGUAUGAGUUCGGGUUCAUAUAUUUUUUGCAUUUUGUAGCAUUUAUGUAAGGCGUCCAGAUGUCCUGGUUUAUAUAUAAAGUAUAUCCCGGUGUCCUGAGAGUUUACUAAUAAAUGUUCUGGUUUCAGCAGUGCUUGAAACACUCUAGGUCUAAACUAAAGAUGAUUAAUAUGCACAAAUACACUGUAAGACAUUUUCUCUGAAUGUUAUAAACUGCAUCUUUUUGAACUAUUGUUAUUCUUAUCAGGUUGGUUAGUUUCUCUGUGCAACAUCUGCCUGCUGUGCUGAAGAUAAUAGGAGGGGUGUCAAAAUGUGAAAUACAAGCAUUUUGUUCAUAUCCACAUGUAGAAAGAAAAGUUUUUUUGAUAAAAAGAUUUUACUGCCAUUAACAAAAUAAAAUCAAAUGGUUAACAGCUUUUCAGAACCAAGGGCAGAUGGGCAGAAGGUUUGAAAAUGAUUUCUGCCUUUUUUAUAUAAACCUUCUCUGAUGACUUGUUUUCCUCCAUGUGUACGUAUACAGCAAACACUGGGAAGUUAGUUAUGCUUGUUGGACAAUCACAUGUAAAAGAGAAUAUGUACAGCUGGACAUUAUGCACAAGCUUUAUUUAUUUAUUUUUAGUAUUAUUCACUUGUGCAAAUUUUGUUAAAUGCUGAAACUUUAUUUUAUUGUAUUAUAUUGCUGUUGCAGAAUGUUUAAUAUGUGUUUAGUAUGUCGGAGCAGCUAAACAUUUUAUGGCCUGAGUAACUCUUCUGUAAAUAAUUCAAUGACCUAGAGUACUAUUAUUAUUUAUUAAAGUUGAGUUAUUUGGAAUGGCAUGGCUAUCGUAAAUUUGUGUCAGAAUUAAACGAUUGUAUAUC